AUGGCGGAUCCCGGAGGGGAGGAGGAGGAGAGAGGAGGAGAUCAUCGAAUGGGGGAGAAGGAAGAGAAAGCAGAAGAGGGAGGGAGAGGAAGAGGAGACUACGGAGAGGAAGCAUGGCAAGGGAGGUAUGACAGCAAUCAAGAUGUCGCCAUUGCCUGCCUCCUCACUUUAACUUUCCUCACCCUCUACCUCUCCACCCUGUACCCUCACGUACCCGGGGGUGACUCUGGCGAGCUCAUAGCUUCAGCUUUCCAGCUCGGAGUCGGGCAUCCCCCUGGGUACCCUCUCUUCAUGGUCUACGAAAAGAUUUUCUCCUCCCUUCUGCACUUCGGGAAUGUGGCAUGGAGGAUGAACGUGGGAAUGGCGGUGGUGGGAGCCAGCAGCGCAGGGAUGCUGUACAUGACGGCGGUGCAUGCAUGGGACAGUCGCCCUCUCGCCAUCCUUGCCAGCGGCUUGUUCGCCCUCAACCCGAUCGUGUGGAACUACUCGACUCAUGCUGAGGUGUUCCCACUGAACAACCUCCUCGUUUGCCUCCUCCUGUACCUGACUGUGCGGUACAUGGAGCGGAGGGAGGCGAGUGUCGCACGCUGGGGAGCCUUCGUGAUGGGCCUGGGGCUGACGAACCAGCACACGAUCAUCAUUUACGAGCUUCCCCUGAUGAUCGGAGUGAUCCUAGCAGGAGGAGGUAGGAUCCUGAACCCCAGGGAGAUAGCGGUGUUGUCCGCCAUGUUCCUCCUGGGGUUUUCAGUCUACCUCUACCUUCCUCUUGCUACCUACAGCAUGCCCUACGUGUCGUGGGGGGACGGGACCACCUGGGAGGGCUUCAAGCGCCACCUGCUCCGGGUCGAGUACGGGUCGUUCAGACUGUCGGCGGAUGAGCGGGAGCCGGGUAGGCUGAGGGAGGGGGUAGUGUUCUGGAUGGACAACGCCUUCCAGCAGAGCCCUUACGGGUUCCCUUACUUUGGCGUGCUGGGAGCUGCGUGGGAGGUACUGGAGUUCUGCAGGGACAGGGGAAGCAGGAAGAGGAAACUGCGCAUGCUUCUGCUGCUGACUCUCACAUUCUACAUCAUCUUCUUUCACUCCCUCGCCAACCUGCCGCUCUACGGGAGGAGGGACAACGUGGAGAUCAUCAAGAGGUUCUGGAUGCAGACAGCGAUCGUGGAGGUUCUCUUCAUGGCCGCCGGCUUCCACAGGCUGCUGGCUCUGGCGGUUCCAGAGGUCCACCGUCCCGCGCUCGUCGUCGUCCACGUCGGCAUCCUACUCGCCUUCUGCCGGCGCCACUAUGAGAGGAUGGAUCAGUCUGACAACUACAUCGUCUCUCAGUUCGGCAAGGAGGUCCUGGCUCUGAUGCCAGUGAGCUCGCUGUUCCUGACCAUGACGGACUUGGUCACCAACACCCUCAGGUACUGGCAGGCCUGCCACCGCCACCGGCUCGACGUGCUAGUGGCAGAUCAGAACCUCAUGUCGGCCGAGUGGUUCGUCAAGGGGCAGGCCAAGAACUACCCCGGGGUCGCGUUCCCCGCCAACAUCUACUGGCCCUCCCGGCCCGACGGGUUCAACAUGCGGGAGAUGGUGGACGUGAACUUCGGCAAGUUCCGCAUCUUUACCUUCGCAGGAGCCAAGGAGAGCAGCCAUGAGCAGGCUGGGUACAAGCUCGUUCCCUUCGGGUAUGCCGAGGAGUUCGUGCGGCCGAUGAACCCGGACAGCUUGAGCCCAUGGCAGUGCAACGAGUCGAUGUGGGCCGAGACGGUCCCUUCCCACCUUCCCCCCUCCCCUCCCUACGUCAACCUCUCCUUGACGAAGUACCCCGAGGGCACCUGGGAGUACAAGGCGCUGGAGGAGUACUUCAUCGCCGUCAACCGCUACGGGUUCUUCGCCUUCUCCUUGGGGUCUCGUUUUCCUCGAGUGGCGUACUAUGCUGCCGCCUACGUGUACCGUCAGGGGGCGCGGGACCUGCCGAGGGAGCGAUGCGGCUGCUCGUUGGACCAGUACUCUCACUUCUACCGCAGCCUGGGCUCCUGCUACUACCAGCUGAUCACAAGGGGGAUGGGGGACGUCAACGAGCACAAGAGGCUGCUGGGGGAGGCGUGGGGGGAGUACCUGAGGAGGAUCAAGGAAGGGUUCCUUGGGGAUCCGAACCAGCAGGAGCUGAGCAAGGAUGUUGCGUCCUACUCCGCCAUACUUGACUCCCCUCAGUUCAAACAUGAUCCCAGCGCUACCUACACGCGCGUGGAAGUGGUCGGGGAGGAGGGAAGGAGGGAGGAGGAGAGGGAGGGAAGGGAGGAGGAACCGGCUGGAGUGGACCAGGAGAGGAUGGAGGACAACGAGGGGCUGUACUUUGACGACGACGAUCUCCCCCCUGGUUUCCACUAG